AUGGCGCAAGGCACCGUGCCCUCCGCAGCCGGGGCCGGCGGCGGCGGCUGCCCCUCGGUCCCCGCCAUCUCCACGACCCCUCCGGGCACGCCCCGGGCCUCCGCGGCAGCCGCGCCUCCUCCUCCUCAGCCCGCCUUCGCGACCGGAUUCUACUACGCCGUGGAGCUCUACUUCGACCCGGCGCUGGAGAACCAGGUGCUCAAGGCGUGGAACGCGCUGGCGCGGCGGCAGCUCGGCAGCCGCCUCAUCGACGCCGCCGCCCGCCCGCACCUCCCGCUGCUCCACCUCCCCGCCGCCGCGCUCCCGCCGCCUGGCACCGGCGCCGGCGGGGACCCGCUCCUCCGCCUCGCGCCCUCGCUCCGCGCGCUCGCGUCGCGCCUCGACCCGCUCCCGCUCGCGCUCUCCUCGCUCGCCGCGCUCCCGGCCUCCGCCUCCUCCUCCCCGCACGACAACGUCCUCUUCCUCGCGCCCACUCCGUCCGCCGCCCUGCUCGGCCUUCACGCGCAGCUCUGCGAGCUGCUGCGGAAGGACGCUAGCGUCGAGGUCCCCGACGCCUUCCGGCCCGACCACUGGCUACCGCGGUGCGCCGUCGCCGUCGACGUGCCCCGCGGCCGCAUGGCCGAGGCCUUCUGCGUGCUCCGAGAGCUCAAGCUGCUCCCCGUCUCCGGGUACGGGAUGGACAUCGCGCUCGUUGAGGUCGGGCCCACCGUUAGGGAGGUCGUGUCCUACCCGCUUGGCGGCAGCGGCAGUGCUGGAGCCGACUGA